AAAGACAUGGUUUUCACAGCUUCAUCAUGCAUGCUAAUGAGCUAGGGUUUGGCUGUUAUAUAAAUCACACAUUGGGCAUUAUUCGGGCACUUGGAGAACCUCUCUCAUCCAAUAUGAAAGGAUUUACUCUGCUCCUGGCAAGUCUGGCCUUAUGGUUUAAUCCUGCUUGGUCCCUUGAGUGCUUUUUUUGCGUGACACAAACCAACGCACAAUCAUGUGUACAAACGCAGACCUGUGCAGAAAAUGAAAAAGUUUGCAAAACGAUAGAAUACAGCGCCCCGAGCACAUUUCCUUUCGAUGCUCCUUACGUGGUCGUUAAGGGCUGUGCAGCAAGCUGCAAGCAAGAUGAUCCCGACGAGCUGGGAACAGCACAACCUACUUUUUGCUGUAACACAGAUUUUUGCAACACCAGAGGCCUCGAUAACACGUGUUCGGGAACCAUACAUUUCUCUCUCAGCCUAGGACUAUUUAUGUGUUUUAUUAGUGUAGUGCUGGUGUUCUUUAGAACGCACCUGUAACAAUCCAUGGUGUUUUUACUGUGUGCUGAGCUUCAAAUAUAGAUCAACAACAAAAGAACAAUAAUGUAUGUAUGGACUAAUCACGGCUCCGACAAUGGACGAACAGCUUCUUUUUUUUGUGAUUUCGAGUUCCGCUAUUGGUGCAAAAGAAAUUUGAUGGCUGAUGGGA